AUGGCAUCCGUCACUAUCCUCGCCGCACUCCUCCUUGUCAGCUGGACACUCAUCACCCUCCUCAUCCUCAUCAUCGCCUUUGCUGUCUACUACCUCAAAGACAGCUACACUUUCAAGGUCCACCUUGAACGCACCCCCACUCCACUCUCCACCACCCCUAUCGACGAACAAGCCCUCAACUGGGCCAAUAACGGAGCACAAGUAACGUCCCCAGUCGAGCUAACCCCCACACCGUUUACUGACUUGCUUAGUGCCCUACUGGGCUUCUUCCUCACCACCCUCCUCUCCGUCCUCGCCCUUGCCCUCAUUGUCCCCCUCACCCUUCGUCUCACCAUCCGACACCUAGAGAGGGAGCACCAGUGGGCAUUCAACAUUGCCGCCACCGCACAGCGCCCCCUCCCCCAUACCACCACCACCCUUCCAGUCAUUGCGGCCAACAGGGAUUCCAAUAAUCCCACUCAGGUGUAUUUUGAGUACAUAAGAGAACACCAAGAUUAG